CGACGAUAGCAGUUUCGCAUCUGAAGACAGCACGUUACCUAGGUGCAAGGGAUUAAGAUGAGAAUAUUCAGUCUUUUUACAGCUUCACUGCUGCCAAUUGCCACGCUAGCGGCCAAGAAGUUUGGUGACAGCACGUACGACAGCCUUCGCGCCCAAAGCCUAUCGACACCGAAUCUGAAGCUUGAUGACAAGCUGUACAACAAACUGACUGCUGCACCCCGAGACUAUGCUGUCGCUAUUCUUUUGACAGCAUUGCCGAGUCAGUUCGGAUGCCAACUCUGUCAAGAAUUCCAGCCAGAAUGGGAUCUCCUUGCUAAGAGCUGGAAUAAAGGCGACAAAGAGGGAGAGAGCAGGCUUCUUUUCGGUACUUUGGACUUCUUGAAUGGAAAACCGGUCUUUCAGUCGUUAAUGCUGCAAACCGCUCCCGUACUCUUGCUAUUCCACCCCACCACCGGCCCAAACGCGAAGGUGGAGAACUCACCGACGAGAUAUGACUUCACGCAAGGGCUAGUGACCGCUGAAUUUCUGCAAAGCUUCAUUGCCCGACACCUUCCAGACGGACCGCAUCCGCCAGUCAAUCGACCGGUCAAUUGGGUGAAGAUCGUGUCGACGACCGUCGCAGUGUUAGGUGGAAUCAGCGCAAUUUAUGUCGCCGCUCCUUACAUCACUCCUGUGAUACAGAACCGAAACCUAUGGGCUGCCGUUAGCAUUAUCGCUGUGCUGCUGUUCACCAGCGGACACAUGUUCAAUCACAUUCGCAAAGUGCCAUAUUUCACAGGUAAUGGUCGAGGUGGAGCAACGUACUUUGCUGGAGGCUUUCAGAACCAAUUUGGCAUCGAAACCCAGAUUGUCGCUGCCAUUUAUGGGAUCUUGUCCUUCGCUACCAUCUCCAUUGCACUCAAAGUUCCUCGUAUCACCGAUCCCAGGCUCCAACAGGCCUCUGUUUUCAUCUGGUCUGGCGUGAUGUUCGCCAUGUACAGUUUUCUCCUCAGUAUCUUUCGGAUCAAGAAUGGGGGAUAUCCGUUCUUCCUACCCCCUUUCUAAGCCAUUUAGUGACGGAACACGAUCUGUAAAGUUCUUAUUGGUGGGGCGAGUGUAUUAUAGAAUUGAUAUAACGCAGCACAGCACAGGGUACGGACAGGGAAAAGUAAAAUAUAUUGGCAUUACAGC